CCGCGUCGGUGCGGCCCCCCACCUCCUUAUCCGUCCGCCUUCGGCUCCCUCUUUGCUGCCGACACCACUACCGCCACCGCUUCUCUGUCUCUCUACGCUACCUGAAUCGACUCUCCCGGGAUGCUGCAAUUGUUGACAAUGCCGGAGAGUGAGAGAGAGUGCUGCAAGAGGAGUCGGGGCGAUUCCGCAUUUCGUACCCCGACACCCGUACGAACGGUGGUGCCGCCGCUCUUCUCUGCCGGCGAACUUUCGGAAGUGUAGGCGCGUGCGCGUGUCUCUACCACUGAUCGAGCUAUCUCACUUCGCCCUACUCGUGCACCGCUUCCUCCGUCUUUCUUCUUUCUUUUACUCUAUUACACUCGUCUCUCUCUCUCUCUCUCUCUCUCUCUUUCUCUCGUUCUCUCUCUGCUCCUCGUUCGCUGUAUGGUACCGGUUCGAGAGUUUCUACCGAACAGCGUUAAAUGUGAUUUCUUCGGUUGAAGUAAGAAGAGCCCGUGUGACUACAGUCUACCGCUUAACACUGUGGCCCUCUUUUAUCGACCAACGAUUCAGUGUGGCCACCGACGUGGCCAGACACACGAGAUACAUCUUUACAUACACGCAGUGUGCGCGGUAUCCUGGAAACGACAAAGAACGUAAUAAACAAAUAGAAACAUCAUUACGUGAAUUGAAGAAUCAUCAUCGGUUAUGAGCGCUCGGUAGUGAACAACGACGACGACUUUGCGCACGAUCGGUGUUAGAAUGGGAGCGACGCGUGUCAGUGCGUACUGGGCUUUAUGCUCGAUUGAAAACGAUUGUCAUCGGUGAUCAGGCCUUUUUCACUGUGAGUUUAAUGACAAUGCCUGCUUGGAUCCGUGACCCUGGCUUGGUUCUAUCCUUCUUUCGCGCAGUGAUCAUUAUUCCGCUGGUUUUCGUUCCUCUUUUCGUUUCUACGUUUCCUCGUUGAUCACGUCGAUCCGACUGUUUGCUAAAUCGCGUAUACAAUCGGUACAAUGUCGUUACCGCGGGGUGUCGGUCUCGGUGUCGACGUUGGCCAAUUGAUGCAACAUCAACAACAGCAGCAACAACAUCACGUGCUACCAGCCGCGUUCUUCCUUCGUGCCAGUGCCGAGAGAUACCAGAGGACACCGAAGUGUGCGAGAUGUCGUAAUCACGGCGUUGUUUCCGCGUUGAAAGGUCACAAACGAUACUGCCGUUGGCGGGACUGCGUGUGUGCCAAAUGUACACUGAUCGCCGAGAGACAACGGGUUAUGGCUGCUCAGGUCGCGUUACGAAGGCAGCAGGCCCAAGAGGAAAGCGAAGCCCGCGAAUUGGGCCUGCAAUUGCAGUACAAUGCGGGCAGCUGCACCACCGCACCCGUGUUACCUGGUGCAGCGAGUGCUACCACUCCAGCUGGCAGUCCGCCCCCGCACCCGGCCCAUGUAGCGAGUCCGGCCGGCCUGGCAAUUCCUGCGGCCGCGGCAGCAGCCGCCGCCGCCGCCGCCGCGCACAUCCAAACACAACUUCAACACCAACAGCCUGAUUGCGGCCUCCUACAACGGAAGAGAAUCCCCCAGGACGAAUACCGACAGCCCAAGGUCGAGAAGCAAGAGUCAAUCGUCAGUGGGAUUGGCGGCACAAAGAGGUCGAGAAUCUCUGAGAGCACUACGGGAACAAUGCUUUCCACGAGCGACACCGGUAACGAAGACGACCGUGACUCCGACUCCGGUGGAGAACUUCUUGCUGACCGUUCAUUGGUCCCGACGUCGGUUGGAAUGACGGAGAACGAUACAGCGCGGAAACGGUCCAACAGCCUGAAUGACUCCGAGGAUGGAAGUCCGGAACCGGGUUCCCAAAGUCCGACGCAUACACCUCCACUGACACCAGCACUGACACCGCAGAGGGAGGACACGCCGGCGCCGGAGAAUCUCAGCCUCCGCAAAAGCGGAAGCCCUCUGCAAACGCAGCAGACCCUUCAACCAGUGGACCUGGUACAGCCUAGACCUAGCCCACCGUUACCUUCGUUGGCUGCUGCAGCGACGGCAGUACACUUUCCACCUUACGCUCCCCUUUAUGGUCCAGCAGCGAGUUCCCUUUACUGUUCACCAGCGUUAUAUCAGCACCAGCACCACCAUCACAUGCCAGAGCCACGCGAGAUUCAAAUGCAGAUGCAGAUGCAAAGUAUCCAACAGAGCUGCGGCCUCCAGUUGCAGCAGCAACAGCAACAGCAACAACAGCAGCAGCAACAGCGAUCGCCCGUCGACGUUCUGCUACGAGUGUUUCCCGGAAGGCGUCGCGCGGACGUCGAGGCUCUGUUGCACCGGUGCAAAGGCGACGUGGUGUCGGCGAUGGAGGUGUUGGUAUGCGAGGACAAUCUCCAGCCGAAGUCUGCGUUCUCGCCGCUGGCGGGCGCGUUAGCGUCAGCUGCAGCCGCGUCUGCCUCGGUCUCGGCCGCGUACGCGAGCCGAGCCGCUUACUGCACCACUCCCAUACCAUCGACCAGGCACAGGUUCCUGGCAGCGCCGUACGCCGGUACCGGUUACCUGCCCACGGUGAUCAAGCCGCCCAAUCAGAGUCUGCACGCGAAUGGUACAGGCGACGCCUAUCGGGAGACCAGUCCCGACGACGCGAGCGACAAGACAAGCUAUUCCGAGUGACCGGACGACGCGCAGGCCGCCACCUGGUCUUACCUGC